AUAUUCAGUAUCAACAAAAAACACAAGCACAGCAGCAUAAUAUAAAUAUUUAUUAAAUGGCAGCUGCUACAUCUACUGCAGUGUUAAAUGGGCUUGGAUCACCGUUCUUGACUGGUGGCAAGAGGAGCCACACCUUGUCUGCACCAACUGGUGCUACCAUUAAUGGCACAGUAUCAGCCCCUAGGCGGCUCGUUAUUGCUGCUGCAGUUGCUCCCAAGAAAUCUUGGAUCCCAGCGGUUAAAGGUGGUGGUAAUUUGCUCGACCCAGAGUGGCUUGAUGGCUCGCUCCCAGGUGACUUUGGGUUUGACCCGUUGGGCCUAGGCAAGGACCCAGCAUUCCUAAAAUGGUACAGAGAAGCUGAGCUCAUUCACGGACGGUGGGCAAUGGCUGCAGUCCUUGGUAUCUUUGUAGGCCAGGCAUGGAGUGGGAUCCCAUGGUUUGAGGCUGGAGCUGACCCUGGUGCCAUUGCCCCCUUCUCCUUUGGAACACUCUUGGGCACCCAACUCCUUCUCAUGGGUUGGGUUGAGAGCAAGAGAUGGGUCGACUUCUUCAACCCAGAAUCACAAUCAGUCGAAUGGGCCACCCCAUGGUCCAAAACUGCUGAAAACUUCACUAAUUACACCGGCGAACAAGGUUACCCGGGUGGCAAGUUCUUUGACCCAUUGAGCUUUGCGGGUACUAUCCAGAAUGGAGUUUACAUCCCAGAUACCGACAAGCUUGACAGAUUGAAGUUGGCUGAGAUUAAACAUGCAAGACUUGCUAUGGUUGCUAUGCUAAUUUUCUACUUUGAGGCAGGACAAGGGAAAACACCAUUGGGAGCUCUUGGUUUGUAAGGGAAAAAAAUGGAUUGUGCUAUUAAGCUUCCAUGUAUUCAAUUAAUAUGUAAAUUUAUCUAGAGAAAUCUCAUGAAAGCAUGAAGUUAAAUCAAUGACAUCCAUUUUUCUAGUUUA